AUGCGUGCAAUUACAAACCCUUCUCUCCUUAUCCUCCACCACCACCACGACGGCGGUGCCACCACUCUCCUCCGCUCCUUCCGCCGUAACUUCUCUCUAUUUCCUCCCUCUUUCAGCAUUUCCAACCCAAAAUCCAGGGCCUACUCUACUGCUUCUACGUCCUCUGCAGAACCGCAGCCUGGUUCACUCAUCACUGAAAGCAAUGAGCGAACUGGACGCUCCGGUUCACUCGCUUUGCCACCUACCCAUUUGGAUAUUGCGCAUAAAAUUGACGUUAACCCUCCCAAAGGCACCCGGGAUUUUCCCCCGGAAGACAUGAGGCUCCGCAGUUGGCUUUUUCAGAACUUCAGAGAGGUUUCACAAUUGUUCGGGUUUGAAGAGGUAAUUCUUUGA